UCACCCGCGGUCUCUCUUUCUCGGAUUAGGGCUCUGAAAUCCCCAAAUCCUUUCUUUGUUCCAAUCCAUUUUCUCCACUAAUAUAUGUCAGUACAGUUUCAGAGAAUUCUGUAUUUAUCUUCAUUCAAAUCAUUUUUUACACCGAGAAGAUGGCUGAGCCCGAUUUCGAGGAUUUUUUGGAGAAGAAACGGGUCAGAAACCCUCUUGUACCAGUAGGUGCUCUUUUGACUGCGGGAGUUUUAACGGCUGGUUUGAUCAGCUUCAGGCAAGGGAAUUCUCAGUUGGGUCAGAUGCUAAUGAGAGCUCGUGUGGUCGUCCAAGGUGCAACCGUCGCGCUUAUGGUCGGCACUGCUUACUACUAUGGAGACAAUCCUUGGCAAUCAAAGUAGAGUAGAGAAUUCUCAUUGCGUAUUCGGAAGUCAACAUAAUCAAAAUAUGUGAUUUUUGUCAGUGAACGACCGUGUUUUUGUCUCAAGCAAUAUUCAAUAUUAUUUUUGCACUUUUCUUCUUUAGAAAAGGUAUAUAAAUACUUCAGUCUUUGUACUAUUAUAUAUUGAACCACCGUUGACAACUCAAUAAAUCAACAAUUUUC